CACUUCUACAGUUCUACUGCCUCUCCCUCUCUCAGAAAUGAUGAUUUGCCCCUAAACCAUUCAAACCCCCUUCAGUACUCCCACCAUUAAGCAUGCAAAUCCCACACUAAUCUCACUGUGCAAAUCCAAAGAACCCAAUUCUGAGGAAUCCCCACCUGAAGGAGAUGUUCAAAAACAGGAACUGCUUGCCAGAAUUGCAGUGCUUUGAACAGUUAGAGAUCUCAAUGAAGCCAGUGCCAAGGUAAACUUUAGAAGAUAUUAGCAGAUUGCGUAGCUGCAAAUUACCAUGGCGGAAGAUGGAAAAAUCACAAAUGAUGGGACGGUGGAUAUCCAUAAAAACCCUGCCAACAAGAAGGAAACUGGAAACUGGAAGGCUUGCCGUUUUAUUGUUGGAAAUGAAUGCUUUGAGAGUUUGGCAUAUUAUGGUAUGUGCACCAAUCUGGUGAACUAUCUUGAAAAACGUCUCAACAUGGGGAAUGUCGCUGCAUCAAAUAGUAUCACAAAUUGGUCAGGAACCUGCUCCAUCACACCCUUGAUUGGAGCUUUUCUAGCUGAUUCCUACUUGGGUCGAUAUUGGACAAUUGCUAGUUUCUCAAUCCUCUGUGUGUUUGGGAUGACACUCUUAACUCUAUCGGCUUCAGUCAAAGGACUGAAACCAUCAUGCGAAAACGACGUUUGCCACCCUACAUCAUCCCAAACUGCUGUCUGCUUCAUCGCACUCUACUUAAUUGCUCUUGGGACAGGUGGAAUCACACCUUGUGUCUCAUCCUUUGGUGCAGACCAAUUUGAUGAAACCGACGAAACUGAGAAGAAGAAGAAGAGCUCCUACUUCAACUGGUACUACAUGUCUAUCAAUGUGGGUGCGCUCAUUGCUUCCUCAGUUUUGGUUUGGAUACAGAUGAAUGUGGGAUGGGGAUGGGGGUUUGGUAUCCCGGCAGUUGCGAUGGCGAUUGCGGUUGUGUUUUUCUUCUCUGGUAGCCGAUUGUAUCGGCUCCAAAAACCGGGUGGGAGUGCCCUGACACGAAUGUUUCAGGUGUUGGUUGCAUCCUUGAGGAAAUCAAAUGUAAAAGUCCCCGAGGAUAAGUCGCUUCUUUAUGAGACUAUUGAUGAGGAAUGUAACAUAAAAGGAAGCCGCAAGCUUGAGCAUACAAGAAAGUUGAGAUUUUUUGACAAGGCUGCGGUGGAGACCAUAUCUGACCAUGUCAAGGGCGCUGCUAACCCGUGGCGACUCUGCGCUGUAACCCAAGUUGAAGAACUCAAGUCCGUCAUCCGGUUACUCCCCAUUUGGGCAACUGGAAUCGUCUUCUCCACUGUCUACAACCAAAUGAACACCAUGUUUAUUCUCCAAGGCAACACAAUGGAUCAGCACAUGGGUCCAAGGUUCAAAAUUCCAUCUGCGUGCCUCUCCCUCUUUGACACCCUCAGCGUCAUCUUCUGGGUCCCGGUGUAUGACAGACUCAUCAUGCCAUUCGCAAGAAAGUAUACCGGUCAUGAAUGCGGAUUCACUCAGCUUCAACGCAUGGGAAUUGGCCUCGUCAUUUCCAUUUUCUCAAUGGUUGCCGCAGGUGUGUUAGAGGUAGUUCGCCUCAACUUUGUUCGAAGGCAUAACUACUAUGAUGUAGAGGAAAUUCCCAUGUCCAUAUUUUGGCAAGUCCCUCAGUACUUACUCAUUGGAUGUGCGGAGGUUUUUACUUUCAUUGGGCAGCUGGAGUUUUUCUAUGACCAGGCACCUGAUGCGAUGAGGAGCUUGUGUUCAGCUCUCCCGCUUACGGCUGUAGCAUUGGGGAAUUACUUGAGCACUCUGCUCGUUACAGUUGUCACGAAUGUGACCACAAGGAAUGGGAAGCUCGGUUGGAUUCCGGAUAACUUGAAUAAGGGUCAUCUUGACUAUUUUUACUGGAUUUUGGCUAUUCUCAGUGUGAUUAAUUUCUUUGUGUACCUUUGGAUUUCCAAAUGGUACACUUACAAGAAGGCCAAAGGAACCGCCUAGUGAUGGUGCCUCAACAAAAGAGAGAUUGGCUACGGGUAGUGAACUCAUCCAGAGAAACAUUAUAGUAGCUAGAGAAGAUCUGGUUGGAGGAGCAUGCUCACUUUGCAGCCAAGAGUUAGAAACAGCAGUUCAUCUUCUGCUAUAUUGUAAUGUUUCUUGGGCUGUCUGGACAAAGAUCAUUAAUUGGUGGGGAAUACAUUGGGUUCGCCCGUCAUGUAUUUGUUAUGUGUGAGUGGUUUUCCAGCAAGUUCAGUAACGUCAAGAAGGGUGUUUGGGAAAAUCUGUUUCUGUGCUAUUCUUUGGUCCAUUUGGUUGGAAAGAAAUCAAGGGGUUUUCAGAAAUAAAGAAUGGGAGGAAGAUGUGUUGGUGGAUAGCAUCAAGACUAAGGUGGCAAUAUGGACAAAAGUUUGCUAUGACCUGAAGGAAUACUUGGUUUCAAGGGGUUUUGUUUGUGUGCUGGGGUGGGUUUUGGGGUUUGCUGUUUUUGGUUCAUUAACCUAUUAGGAUUUUUCUUACUACUUUAUUAAACAAAAUGCACCUUUUUUAACUUUAUUCC